AUGUUCGCCUGUGCCAAGCUCGCCCGCACACCUGCUCUGAUCCGAGCUGGAUCCAGAGUUGCAUAUAGACCAAUUUCUGCAUCAGUGUUAUCUCGACCAGAGACUAGGACUGGAGAGGGCUCUACACUGAUCCGAAGGGAGUUUCAGACCAGUGUAAUCAGCGGAGACAUUGAUACUGCUGCCAAAUUCGUUGGUGCUGGUGCUGCAGCAGUAGGAGUUGCUGGUUCUGGUGCUGGUUUUGGAACCGUCUUUGGCAGUCUUAACAUUGGUUAUGCUGGAAACCCUUCACUGAAGCAGCAGCUGUUCUCAUCUGCUAUCCCGGGAUUUGCCUUGUCUGAAGCUAUGGGUCUCUUUUGUUUGAUGGUUGCAUUCUUGAUCUUGUUUGCCAUGUAA